GGAAGUGCUCGAUGACUUUCUGUGCUUCUUUGGCGUUGUGAUUCGGCAACUAGCGAGGCAAAAGAAGAAGAGAAGAGACGCGCUGUCACAAGCACGAGCGAGUCAUUCUCCGUGGGACGAAGAAGAAGAUUCAUUCCGGAAUACCUUCUGUUACCGUCUAGAACAUGGAUGACAAGAAAGUCGUGGAUCCUGAUGCACCGAAGAAGUCGCAUCGGAACAAAUCCGCCGCUUCGUCCCGUCGCCACGAACACGGAUCUGAACUUUCGCCAAUCGCCAAGCACGGGUUAGGAAACAAGGCUUCAGCUGGACACAAAGAAACGAAGGGCUCGAAGGACAACCUGUCGCCGCAUGGCAGCAAGAAGUCUGCUAGGGAGGAAAAACCUCGCAGAAGGACCACGGAGAGCACAAAGAACAAGAAGACAACUCUACCUCCACAGAGCAAGGGGCCCUCACAAGUGCAACCUGAACCACCUAAUAAGGGAGAUGAACCACCUAAUAAGGGAGAUGAGCCACCUAAUAAGGGAGAUGAACCACCUAAUAAGGGAGAUGAACCAUCAGUCCAACCUAUACCGGAGCUUGAAUUGCCUUCGCCCUUGAGGGUCCUUUCGGAACAAAUUGACCUCUUGAAUCUGGAACAUCCAAAUACAAACCCUCCGCAAGGACCCCCACAAGACAUUACGAAAAAACCAGACAUGCAAACGCAUCACAAGCACAAAGAAACAAAGACAUCCGGCUCGCGAAACUUACCGAAGAGUGCUCGAAAGUCGACCAGCCUAAUGUUAACAGCCGCCAUCCUGGUCAUCCUCCUCAUCGUUGUCAUCGCCCUUACCUCACUCUUGGUCUACAAGCAUUACAAGACACAACAACGGCUAAAGACUAUGGAAUGCAAGACGACCGUGUGCAAACGGGUCCAGGGUGAAAUAGAUGACCUCCUGGACAAGAACACUGAUCCAUGCAACGACUUUCACGGAUAUGUCUGCCGUAAGUGGACACGACAGUCGCACAACAGCACAACGGGAUUUAUACAAGAUGUAAUAGAUAUUUACCACCAUACCCUCGUGUCGGCCUUGGAGUCUCCCGAGACUAGGCAGCCAGACAAAUUCGGACUGCAUGCCAUGACGAAAUUGUUUGGAGUAUGUGUGGACUACAUGACCAAAGACAAGGGUACCUUCACGGACGCCGUUGGAAAAGUCAUAGACUUACUGAAGCUGGACAUGAUUAUCGAUCGCAAGCAAAGGCUACUACCAUUCCUUGUGGAAUCAUCUUUGUCGCGUAACAUACACUCCGUGUUCGUAGUUCAAUUUCGCCGCAUAGGAAACUUCAGAUAUGUGGAAAUCGAAUAUGGUGAUACUAUUCGUUCAAAGAUGACCGACGUCGUACCCACUUCCUUAACAGGCGGUACGUCAUUUGAGAACAUGAUUGGCACUGUAAUGAAGAACAUGACGUCGGAAUUCUUGGAGCAUCCUCGUGUUAACUCUGACAUCGACCCGGACAAGUUAUUACGGGCAGACUCUGAUAUUGCCCAGCUCCUCGGUGCGACACCGUCUGUGACUUACGCAACGUUCGGCGAGGUAACGGGAUUUUUAUCACCCGAGGGGAUGAAAGACUUCGUAGAGGUCAUCAACAAGUACGCCCCACCUGAAUUUCAAGUCGGCCUCAGCAGCACAGCCAGAUUCUCGGGAGUGCAAACUCUGAGAGCUGUGAAUGCACUGCUCGUCAAUCAAAGUGCCGGUGUCCGCGAAGCAUACCACAUGCUGAACAUAGCGACUAGUCUUCUCAGGUGCACUGCGUUCAAAGACGUAGCCCAGAGCAGCCCGGCGAUCGUUCCGUACACGUGCUUGCGUGCAACAAGGAUUGCGUUUACUAACACGUGGCCGUUACUCAUAGCCCGACUGAUAGGCGAUCCAAGGCGCGGAACAGCAGCCCGAAAACUUGCGACAAGAGUCAGGGACAUGGUUCUGGAAGAAACCGUUUUCGAAAAUUUUACGUCCCUCGACCGAGAAAGGGGUAAGGCAUUCCUCCGAAAAACGCAGUCGGUCACUUUCGACAGCUCGCGUGCUGCACGCAUAACCGAAUACAGCGAUUACACGACUUGGAAUCUUCAAGGAAACCACCCGUUCGAGGUUUUUGUUGAAGCCGGACAGAAGGAAAGUAUCAUGCUGCGUCGGGCCUUUUCCCUCGAGAUUCUGGUCAAGGCCAGUUUGAUCCAAGUAAAUCCACAUAUAGCGUAUUACAAAAUAGAAUCGAGUACAGAGACUGGUACCAGGAGAUACGUGAUGGUACCCACAGCAUAUCAGAUUCCUCCUCUAUUGUACUUCGAAGAGAUGAAUGAGAUUCCGCUUUACAUCAAUAUGGCCACCAUUGGCGCUCUGGUCGCGAAGGAGAUGGUGCGUUCUUUGGCGUCGUCAUUUAAGUCCAGCAAGUCCACAAAGGCGCUUCACGAGUCACUGAAAUGCGUCAAGGAAGUUGCGGUAGCACAGGGUGUACGCUUCGAAGAUGGAGGGGACCUGUGGGAGAACGAAGUCGUCCUGCGGUACUACGGGUUCCGAAUCGUCUACGAAGGGCUCAGGCGCGUCCUGCUCAGCUUGGGGGAGUCGACAACCGGGGACAUUUGGAAGGAAGCCCAGCGUUACCUCUUCGUUCGCUUCUGCAUGCUGGCAUGCGCAAGCGACAGUCCGAGCACUCGACUGAUAUUCAAAAAGUACUGCCUGGUUACAGUGUUGAGUAACCCAGAUUUUGCCACUGCCUUCGAUUGUACUGGAAAUACUGUAUUCAAGGCCGACAAUUGCUAACGCAGUGAUUGCAUAUCAAUUGACCAUUUGCUGCGAGAGCAUGUUUGAGAAUACAGCGUAAUUUUCGUGCGGGAGACUGAGAAUAAAGAUAUGUCCUAUAUAGUCUAAC